AUGGAGCAGAAGGAGCAAGAUCGAGCGGGCAGCAUGCGCCCGGGCAAGAAGAAGCACAAGCUUUUGGUGGAAGUGAACGAUGACCAGACGAAGAAGAUGCGGGUCAUCCUGGACCGAGGCUGCAGCGUCCGAGACUUGCAAGCGGCGGUGCAGGAGCGGCUGCGCAAAAAACAAAGGACCGAGGGCGGUAGCUACCCUAUCGUCAAAGAGAUGUGCGAGAGGCCCAAUACCGUCAAGGGUGGUGGUGGCGCAGCUGCUACCGGCGGCCGCGGGGGCUCUUCCUCGACAUCCGCGGCGUCUCAGGAACCGUUGGAGCUCGACAGCGACGACGCCUUGUCCGACAUCUUGGGCAGCGACGCUGAGGGUGAUACGACAUUCGUAGCCAUGGUCCAAGGAGAGGGGGGUGGUGCUGCUGCGGCAGGGUCGCCUGCUGCCAUUGCGGGUCCCAGCGGUGCCGCGUCUGCUAGCGGCUCGCCUGCCGCUGCUAUCGCGACCUCCAGUACCUCCGCCUCUGCUGCAGCCGGGGUGGAGAGCGAAAAGGAUCAGCAGCUCCACGAGCAUGAACAGGAACAUUAUUUAUGCUAG